CCACGACCCGCACUCGGACGAGGACACGCCGACCUCGGACGACCUGGAGCAGUUCGCCAAGCAGUUCAAGCAGCGGCGCAUCAAACUGGGAUUUACCCAAGCGGACGUGGGGCUGGCUCUGGGCACCCUCUACGGCAACGUCUUCUCGCAGACCACCAUCUGCCGCUUCGAGGCCCUGCAGCUCAGCUUCAAGAACAUGUGCAAGCUGAAGCCUUUGUUGAACAAGUGGUUGGAGGAGGCGGACUCCUCCUCGGGCAGCCCCACCAGCAUAGACAAGAUCGCGGCGCAGGGCCGCAAGCGGAAAAAGCGCACCUCCAUCGAGGUGAGCGUCAAGGGCGCGCUGGAGAGCCACUUCCUCAAGUGCCCCAAGCCCUCCGCCCAGGAGAUCACCUCGCUCGCGGACAGCCUACAGCUGGAAAAGGAGGUGGUGAGAGUGUGGUUUUGUAACAGGAGACAGAAAGAGAAGCGCAUGACUCCCCCGGGAGGGACGCUGCCGGGCGCCGAGGACGUGUACGGGGCCAGCAGGGACACGCCGCCGCACCACGGGGUGCAGACCCCCGUGCAGUGAACUCGCGGCGGGGGCGCCCGGCCCCUCCUCCUCCUCUCCUCCUCCUCCUCCUCCUCCUCCUCCUCUCCUUCCCCCAACUUUUGAUUGUCCUCCUUUUUUUUUUCUUUUUUUUUUUUUUUUAAUUUUAUUUUCUCCUAUCUUU